CACACGCUGCAGCAAUGAGUGUGUUUCAGAGCAACCUGUCAAUCACAAGAUUCAGACACAGCAUCAGGAUUCAUCAGCUGAGCCACAGACUAAGGGUGGGUCAUGUGACCCGGUUACAGGUGGGUCAUGUGACCCGGUUACAGGUGGGUCAUGUGACCCGGUUACAGGUGGGUCAUGUGACCCAGUUACAGGUGGGUCAUGUGACCCAGUUACAGGUGGGUCAUGUGACCCGGUUACAGGUGGGUCAUGUGACCCGGUUACAGGUGGGUCAUGUGACCCGGUUACAGGUGGGUCAUGUGACCCGGUUACAGGUGGGUCAUGUGACCCGGUUACAGGUGGGUCAUGUGACCCGGUUACAGGUGGGUCAUGUGACCCGGUUACAGGUGGGUCAUGUGACCCGGUUACAGGUGUGCUGAGUGUUAAACUGGUCUUCAUUAAGCUGCACCGCAUGCUUCAGGUGACCAAACAUGCAACAUAAACACUAACUGGAGAAGUAACUGUAACUGCAGAAGUAACUGUAACUAAGUACAG